AGGGGCCGGCGGCAGCGGCGGAGCGGCGGCGGGAAGGGCUGUCCCAGGGCUCGGCGGCGACGAUGCCGGUCCAUUCCCGGGAGAAGAAGGAGAACAACCACGAUGAGAUGGAGGUGGACUACGGGGAGAACGAGGGCAGCAGCUCGGAGGAGGAGGAAACCGAGAGCUCGUCCGUGUCGGAGGAGGGGGACAGCUCAGAAAUGGAUGAUGAAGACUGUGAAAGAAGAAGAAUGGAGUGUUUAGAUGAAAUGUCCAAUCUUGAAAAGCAAUUUACAGACCUUAAAGAUCAACUUUACAAAGAAAGAUUAAGCCAGGUGGAUGCAAAACUGCAAGAAGUCAUAGCCGGAAAAGCACCCGAAUAUUUAGAACCGUUGGCAGCUUUACAAGAAAAUAUGCAAAUCCGAACCAAGGUGGCAGGUAUCUAUAGAGAGCUUUGUCUGGAAUCUGUGAAGAACAAGUAUGAAUGUGAAAUUCAAGCCUCUCGACAGCACUGUGAGAGUGAAAAGCUUCUGUUGUAUGAUACUGUACAAAGUGAACUAGAAGAGAAGAUUAGAAGACUUGAAGAAGACAGGCAUAGCAUUGACAUUACCUCAGAAUUAUGGAAUGAUGAGCUACAGUCCAGGAAGAAAAGGAAGGAUCCAUUUAGUCCAGAUAAGAAGAAACCUGUCGUUGUAUCAGGCCCCUACAUAGUUUAUAUGUUACAAGACCUUGAUAUACUUGAAGACUGGACAACAAUAAGGAAGGCAAUGGCUACACUGGGGCCACACAGAGUAAAGGCAGAACCACCUGUCAAAUUAGAAAAGCAUCUACAUAGUGCUAGAUCUGAAGAAGGAAGACUCUAUUAUGAUGGAGAGUGGUAUGGACGUGGGCAGACGAUAUGCAUUGAUAAGAAAGAUGAAUGUCCUAUAAGUGCCAUAAUUACAACAAUUAACCAUGAUGAAGUUUGGUUUAAAAGACCAGAUGGAAGCAAGUCCAAGCUGUAUAUUUCUCAGCUACAGAAAGGAAAGUAUUCAAUAAAGCAUAACCACAACUGACCGUUGCUAGGCAGAUAUGAAACAAGUGGUGUUGCCAUGCUUGAUGUGCCAUGGGGUGAAAGUUAUAUUUAAUAGCGUUUUGUAUUCCUUAUAAAUUUACAGCAGUAUCUGAUGUGUAUUUGUAGUGCUUAUGUAAGCUUUAUAUGGAUGGCCUUCAGAAACCUGAGGAUGUUAAAUCAUGUUGAUAAAGAUUUUACCUCUAAAUUGGGUCCAGUGCCUAAAAUAUGAAGUAUGCUCUUCAAGUAUAACGGCUCAGAAUUUCUCAUAUUCGUAAAAGGAAAAAAACAAUGUGUUUUUUUUUUUCUAUUGGUGACCAGUUGGUGUGAUAAAAAUGAUAACCAUAAUUACCAACAACUCUGUUUUCAGUGAACAUGUCAUGCUUCUCUUGUGGAUGUAAAUUUAGCCUGUUCAGCUGUUGCUUUUGAAUAGAAUGUAACACGCAUAAGCAUUCUUUUAUCCAAAGUGGACUGAUUUAUUAAAAUUAUUGCCCUCGACAGCUCUGCUAGUACUGUGUUAUAUUUUGUAAGGUUUAGUAUAUCGCUUGUAAUGAAUCAAAGCCAAUAUUUUGAGCUACGUUUUUUGAGGAGCACUUUUCUAGUUUAGGACCCUAUUCUAUAGUAAACAAAUCGUUGGUGAUUUUUUUUUUCUUCUUCCCCAGAUUGCCAGCAAACUUACGCAUAAAGUAGACAGUGUUGCUCCAACCUGUGUUAUAUGUAGCCCACAAAGAACGACUGCAGGGAUGGUUAUGUAAAUACUGUUGCAUGCUCUGCUUGUUUGGUCCACAGUUGUAUGAAAUACUAUGAAUCUUUUUUUCAAAAGGAAAAUAUUUCCCCAGAAAUCAUAUGUCUGGGAAAAUUUACACUGACUUUUUCAGCAAACACUAUUUUCCAACUUUCUGUACCCUACUUCAUCUUACUGUACACCAGAAUUAUUUCACGCAGCUUAGAAAGCUGAAUUUCUCUUAAAUCUUACUGUUUAAGCCACAGAGAAAAGUUCUAAAUCCUUGAUGUUACUGUGAUGUGCUUGGAGCAUCUAGAAUGAUAGAUGGGAUUGCUGAAGAAUUAUUAAUGCGUUGGUUAUGUGCACUUUAAUCUCCACUUACGAUGAUUCUUCUUGGAGAAAGAAAGCAUCUAUUUGCUUUAAAUGAUCACAGCAAAUAAGUAUUUUUAUUGUAACAUAUAAAUGUUUUAUUCCUAUAUUAAUUGUCUCUUCCAGUGCAGGGUGGUAACUACUUUCCAAAUGCCAAAUCAAUUUCUGCUGAGUGAUGCUUUUCUACAAUUGUAUGACAUUAUUAAUCAAAUGUACAUAAAGUAUCGAUUGACAUGUUGGCUUUUAACAAUAUGAACUGUAUGUAUACAGUUGUUUGAUAAACUUUUUGUAAUAAAAUAUUCGUAUUUUUUAACUUAGUAUAUAAAUAAAUGAUCUGUGGUAGUGGA